AUGGCUCAACCAGAAGCUCACCACAAUACUAUGAAGUCCCAGCCUGCGCACUGGAUAAAUGAGGAGAUCACCGUCCUUGUCAAUCAUAUGCAUGACCAUCGCACAGACAGUGAAGGCUCCGGUAACUUCAAGCCACAGGUCUACACUUCCGCUGUAACGGCCAUCAAUGAUGAUCCUCACCUUCAACCAAUAUGGAUCGGUCCAGCAAAGACCAUCAAGAUGCUCAAGACUAUACACUAUGCUAUCGAUAAGUACCGCAACCAGACUGGUACACAUUGGGACAACAUCAAUGGAGCUGGGAUUCAUGGCUCCGCAGCGGCUGCCGUAUGGGAUGCAUAUGUUGCAAACAAGCUAAUAUACAAUAGCAUAAUCAUCCUAUGCGUCCAUUCCGCAACACUGGGUGGUGCUCAAGGGUGCCAUGCCUUCCACCCAAGUGUCAUGGGUCCUCCUCCAUCAAUCCCCAACAAUGAUGAGGUUAAGGCUGGCCCUUAUCGGGCUCCAGCCAAUCGCACUGGCCCUACCUCUACUGCCAGUCUUUUCUCUACCACUGGCCCUUCCUCUACCACUGGUGUUCCCUCUGUUGCUACCAGCUCUACCAGUGCCAAGCACCCUUAUGAGGGCACCACCAUCGAUUCUCUUGAGACCAGGUCCCUCACAUCAACUCAUGAAUCAGCGCAAUCUGUCUCCACCACCCUGGUGUCUGCCCCCCCCUUAAAGAUAGCACGUUCACAGGGCGGCACUUAUAUCUCUAAGAAGACGAGCAACACAGCGAAGAUGAGCAGUGCCACACAGGCAGCCAAGAUCAUACCUGCUGCUGCUGUGUUGGGAAUGCAGGGUACUAUCAACCAUCUGACAGAUGUCUUCGAAAGAUUCGUUCAGGGCCUCAAUGAGAAGGGGGGCAUGCAGCUUCUGCCUCCACCUCCGCCUGGGCCUGGGAACAGCCAGGACUUGGUGGUGUGCGCCGUACACCUAUUACAAAUAGAGGAUGCUGACAUGCCUCCUGAGCAGCACGCUGUACUGAUAAUGGUCCUCGGUGAGAAGAACAAUGAGCGCUUCUUGGAGUUCUAUGUCUCCCUCACAGACAAAGCAACCAGGUGUCCAUCCAUAGAGAAGCUGAUCACAGAUGCAAUGGCAUCUUGA